UUCCCCUCAGACCCCUCCAAGAACAGCACCAUCCCAACGUCGUAGCUGGAGAUUGCCUUACGAAAUCCAACUCUCGGCAGCAGUAGCCUUGCCCGAUUGUCCGCUAUUCGUAGACAUCACCAACACACGAGAGGCCAAAGGACCAAUAGCGACGAGACGCAAAAGUAUUUGCAGUGAAACACCCUUUCCGGUCCUGUCUCUAUUCUUUUGCGAGAGCCCAUUCCAUCAUCUCCACGGUACGCAACCCACGAAUCCUCAAAACCUUGCCCUGUCCCCGCAACGAACCCGUUGAAUAUCGCUGAACCGAUCACAUCCUGACAAGCCUGCUGUUUAAUCCCGAGACUGAAUAAACAUUUCCCACGCUUACCUGCCGCAACUUAGUCCGAACGCCGCUGCAAAUCUGGCCGCCACGAUGGCCGAUGUCGACAUGACUGAUGCGCCUGGCACCGCGAUUGCCAAGAAGGCCGCUGAUGGCGAGACCAAGGUCGCUGACGGCAAGAAGCGCUUCGAGGUCAAAAAGUGGAACGCAGUUGCCCUUUGGGCGUGGGAUAUCGUAGUUGACAACUGCGCCAUCUGCAGAAACCACAUCAUGGACCUCUGCAUCGAGUGCCAGGCGAACCAGGCCUCAGCUACCAGUGAAGAGUGCACAGUUGCUUGGGGAAUCUGCAACCAUGCGUUUCAUUUCCAUUGCAUCUCGCGUUGGCUCAAGGCCCGGCAAGUCUGUCCGCUGGACAACCGCGACUGGGAAUUCCAGAAGUACGGUCGCUGAGGCGGUGGACGACCCGGAUGAGAAUCAAAUGGCAGCGCGGCAGCAUAUCUCGACAGCUGCGUGGGACCAACACACAAACAGUGGUGCUUCCGUGAAGGGAGAGGUCUGCAAGCCACUGGGCCAAACGGCUGGCUAGAGACUGGGCCACAAGGUCGGGCACAAAAGCAGAUACAGAACCAAGCCUAUGCACUGCUACUGAAAUGAUGACGUCUUCACUUAU